AAGAUUUUCAAUGGUGCCACAUACGAGAAACGCCAAAACUGCGCAUUCGAAUGGGUGACGCAGCCGUUCAGUUGUCCGAAGGAUCGAAGUGUUGGAGACGAGUUCAUGAUUUCGCACGUCGGUGAAGAUGAAUACGGCUACUCGUUCCAAAGGCUGACCAUAGCUCAUUGCAACCAGCCAGGCUGUAGCAACGGUGGAGUUCUGUAUAAUGGCACGUGUGUAUGCACGGAAUACUGGACAGGAAAGUUCUGCACGGUGCCGAUUUGUAUGAAUGGCGGCUCAUUAAGCGAUACCGAAACUGAAUGUAUCUGCCCGAAAGGAUUCAGCGGACCUAACUGUCAAUUCGGUAAUCGUUUUUUUUCCAUAGGAACUAAGAGUAGAUCAGCUGCAUUAGAAAAGCUG